AUGGUAAGUCUUGAUCGUAAAGGAACUUUUAAAGUUGAGUACUUACAAGAAAUUGAAAAAAAAGUUCAGGAGAGAUGGGACCGAGAGAAAAUUUUUGAAGUAGAAGCUCCAGAAAAUGGGAAGCAAUAUGAAAAAUUUUUGUGCACUUUUCCUUAUCCUUAUAUGAAUGGACGUUUACAUCUUGGGCACACUUUUUCAUUGUCGAAAUGUGAGUUUGCUGUGAGGUAUUAUAGACUCAAAGGGAGAAAGGUAUUAUUUCCAUUUGGUUUCCAUUGUACUGGUAUGCCCAUUAAGGCAUGUGCAGACAAACUAAAACGUGAAAUGGCUUUGUAUGGCUGUCCACCAGAAUUUCCAGAACAGGAGGCAAUAGAAGUUGAAGAAGUGGAUAAAGUACCAAAAGAUAAAAGUAAAGGAAAAAAAAGCAAAGCCGUCGCUAAAACUGUAGGGUCUAAAUAUCAAUGGCAGAUUAUGAGAAGUCUUGGAAUCCCAGAGGAUGAAAUAAAAGAGUUUGCUGAUGAAAGUUACUGGCUUGAGUACUUUCCUCCUAGAGCUGUAGCUGAUUUAAAGAGAAUGGGUAUUCAUGUUGAUUGGAGAAGAAAAUUCAUAACAACUGAUGCAAAUCCAUUUUAUGAUUCAUUUAUAAGAUGGCAAUAUCAUCACUUAAAAGAAAAAAAGAAAAUUAUGUAUGGAAAGAGAUAUACAAUAUUCUCUCCUGUUGAUAAACAACCUUGUAUGGACCACGAUAGAAGUUCUGGUGAAGGGGCUGGGCCUCAGGAAUACACUCUUAUUAAGCUCGAAGUUACACUGCCUUUGCCUAAUGUUCUAAAGAUGUUUGAAGGCAAAAAAGUUAGUUUUGUAGCUGCGACGCUAAGGCCAGAGACCAUGUAUGGUCAGACUAAUUGUUGGGUCCAUCCGGACAUUAAAUAUAUAGGUUUUGAAACUGUUAAUGAUGGCAUUUUCAUUUGCACAAGAAGAGCUGCAAGGAACAUGAGUUAUCAGGGUUUCACAGAGAAAGAUGGUGAAUUUAAAAUUUUGCUCGAGAUAAUUGGUCAAGAUUUGCUAGGCAUUGCCCUAAAGUCUCCUGCGACUUGCUAUGACAAAAUUUAUUCACUUCCUAUGUUAACAAUAAAGGAAGAUAAAGGCACAGGAAUAGUUACGAGUGUACCGUCUGACUCACCCGAUGACUAUGCAGCACUUGUUGAUUUACAAAAGAAACCAGCUUUCAGGGAAAAGUAUAGUAUUACUGAUGAAAUGGUCCUCCCAUUCAAGCCUGUGCCUAUACUUGAUAUUCCCGAAUAUGGAAAUCUUUCCGCAGUGCACGUAUAUGACCAACUUAAAAUUCAAAGUCAGAAUGACAAGGAUAAAUUAGCUCAAGCGAAAGAGAUGGUUUACCUUAAAGGAUUCUACGAUGGCGUGCUGUUAGUGGGUCAGUAUAAAGGCUUUAAAGUACAAGAUGUCAAAAAGAAAAUUCAAAUGAAAAUGGUUGCUGAUAAAAAUGCAGCUAUUUAUUAUGAACCAGAGAAAACAAUAAUAUCCAGAUCUGGUGAUGAAUGUGUUGUGGCUCUCUGUAAUCAAUGGUACCUCACAUAUGGCUCUGAAGAAUGGAAAGCACAAGCAGAAAAGGCCUUGUCGCGUAUGAAUACUUAUCAUGAUGAAGUUAGAAAGAAUUUCCAGGCUACGCUUAACUGGUUACAUGAAUAUGCAUGCUCUAGGACCUAUGGUCUUGGAACAAAAUUACCAUGGGAUCAGCAAUGGGUGAUAGAAUCUCUUUCGGACUCAACCAUAUACAAUGCCUAUUACACAAUAUCCCACUUCCUCCAAGGCAACACAUUUAAAGGAACUAGUGAUAAUGCAUUAAAAAUCAAACCUGAAGAUAUGACUAUUGCUGUUUGGGACUACAUAUUCUUUAAGGAUGCUCCAGUUCCUAAAAGUAACAUAUCAAAGGAAUCUUUGUAUCUUAUGAAGAAGUCAUUCAAUUUCUGGUAUCCCGUUGAUUUGAGAGUAUCGGGGAAAGACUUAAUUCAGAACCAUCUGACCUUCUACAUAUACAACCAUUGUGCAAUGUGGGAAGACGAAGAAGAUAAGUGGCCCACAUCCAUCCGAGCCAAUGGACAUCUCAUGUUGAAUUCAGCUAAGAUGUCCAAAUCCGAUGGGAACUUCCUCACUUUAUCUGAAAGUAUUGAUAAAUUCAGUGCAGACGGUAUGCGCCUCACUCUAGCAGACGCCGGCGAUUCGGUCGAAGACGCUAACUUUGUUGAAAGUACAGCCGAAGCUGCCAUAUUGAGACUGUAUACAUUUAUCGAAUGGAUAAAGGAAAUUGUGGCUAAUAGUUCCAAUUAUAGGAAGGGGGAAUACAAUUUCCACGACAAAGUUUUCAUAAGCGAGAUGAACACCAAAAUCAUGGAGACAGAUGAUAACUACAAGAGGAUGUUAUUCAAGGAGGCUCUAAAGAGUGGUUUCUUCGAGUUGCAAGCGGCUCGGGACAAGUACCGCGAGCUGUGCGGGGAGGCCGGCGUGCACGCGGCGCUGGCGGCGCGCUACGGCGCCGUGCAGGCCGCGCUGCUGGCGCCCGUGUGCCCGCACGUCGCCGAGCACGUGUGGCAGCUGUUGGGGAAUAAAGAAAGCAUUCUCCACGAGAGAUGGCCUGUGGCGGGGGAAGUGGACGAGGUCGCGGUGAAGGCGAGUAACUAUCUGAUGGAGGCAGCACACUCUUUCCGUAUUUACUUGAAAAAUCACUGCGCAGUCAAGAAACCCAAAAAGGGUGAGACGGUGAAGCCGGAACCCAAACCAAAUAAAGCAAUUAUAUGGGUGGCCAAAGAAUUUCCCAAAUGGCAACACAUUAUAUUGAGCACUUUGAAAGAACUUAAUGGACCAUCAGGUUUACCAGAUAACAAGAUGAUAUCGAGUAAGCUCUCCGAGAUACCAGAGUUGAAGAAGUACAUGAAGCGGGUAAUGCCGUUCGUGCAGGCGACGAGGGAGAGCGUGCAGCGCGUGGGCGGCGACGCGCUCUCCGUGGGGCUGCCCUUCGACGAGGCCGCAGUGUUGAAAGAUAACUUACAAUAUUUACUUAACACGCUUGAUUUAGAAUCCAUCGAGGUGAAGCACACAGACAGCGAGGAAGCACCAGAGAAGACUCGCGAGGACUGCGCCCCGGGGGCGCCUCACAUCAGCUUCCUGUCCGAGCCGCGGCUGGCGCUGGUGCUGUCGAACCCCGCGCCUCGGUCCGGACUGUUCACGCUGACACUGGGUGUGGCUGAUGGAGACACUGUCGAGAAGCUGAAGGCCAGGCUGGCUAAGGAAGUUAAGGCUAUAAAGGAUACAAACUCUCUAAAAAUAUGGCGAUACAAGGAUCCUUUACUGGGACCUCGUAAAAUCCCUGUCAUCGGAGACUAUGAAACUAAAUGUCUGAUAUUAGAAAAUGGGUCCGUGUUCAAGGUGGACGUGGACACCCCCAAGGUAGAGCUUGUCAACAACGGCACCAACAUCGAUGUGGGUGUUCAGCUUUUAUAUACUUACGAG